CUGUUCUCUUGUUAAAGUUUUUCAAGGAUGUUUUCUCAUUGUUAAAAUAACGCAGUCAUAUUGGUCCUUGUUUUGCCCAACAGAUUAGUAGGAAAUUUCUUCCAAUUAAUUUUUGUUUUUAGGUAUAUUGUUUCCGGAUAAGAGGUUUACGGUGGUAUUCUGCUUUCAUCUGUAAGCCAAUCUGUAACUUUUUACGAGCUUACAGGAAGAAUGCGAUUCUGGACUUUCUUUCGGUGAUCUGUAGCUUACAGAAACCGUAAAUAUUUACGAGGACUCGAGAGGUGGUCGGAAGCCUAUCGAAUGAUAUAUUGUGAGGUUAUGUCGAAUGGUUUGUUUAUUUUCUGGUGAACAACUUUUUGAAAUAGAUUCAUAAUGAAUGAUAAUAAUAAUAUCGCUUUGUUUAUUGGGUUGUUAUUAGAAGAAAACCAUAACAGGAACUUUAUGAGAAUUGAAAGGAGAAGGUUGCGUGAUCAAAUGAAUCCUUUCGAAAUGCCGGAUGCUCAGUUUAUGAAAAUGUUUAGACUGAAGAAGCAGUGCACCAUAAACUUAAUAAAUGCUUUACAGCAAUUUUUACCCACAAAAAAUGCAAAUGCUAUUGCAUUACCCAAAAAAGUGUUGAUUACUCUCAACUUUUUGGCCACAGGGUCUUUCCAGAAUUCUGUAGGUUCCAAUACCUGGUUAUCAGCAAGUCAACCUUCAGUAAGUAGAGCGGUAAAUGAAAUUUGUUCUACAAUUGCUGAGUAUUUAUUACCCACUUGGGUUCAGUUUCCUACUACCGAGGAGUCAAUUAGACUGGUCAAACAGGGAUUCUUCUUAAAAUAUGGGUUCAGAGGUGUUUUAGGAGCAGUAGAUGGAACUCAUGUGGAAAUUCUUGCACCUCCUGAAAAUGACAUUAAUCACCCCCCAUACGUUUAUAUUAACCGGAAAGGAAAACAUUCCAUCAAUGUUAUGCUGAUUUCAGAUGUUGAUUGCAGAAUAUUAGCCGUUAAUGCCCGUUUUCCUGGCUCUGUCCAUGAUUCUGCUGUUUGGCAAAUGAGCUCAAUAAGGAACCACUUACAGCUACAGCAUGAAGCAGGUCAUACAAAUAUGCUUUUAAUUGGUGAUAGUGACUACCCUCUUGAGCCAUGGCUCUUUACUCCGAUUGCUAUUCCAAGAAACAUUCAGGAGGAAAUUUUCAAUAGAAAGUUGAGUUCCCUACGGAACACUAUUGAGAGAACAAACGGAAUUUUAAAAGGAAGAUUUAGAUGCAUUUCCAGAUUAAGAACUGUAAUGUAUCAUCCAACUCAGGCUGCAAAAAUUAUAUACUCAUGUUGUGUUUUACACAACAUUUGUAAAGCAGCCAAUAUGAUAGAUGAGGAUAUUGAAAUGAGAGAUGAGAAUGAUGUUUCAGAUCUUGUUGGUGGUGGCAAUGUUGAUGUUAGCAUACACCAGAGGGGGAUCGAAGCCAGAAACCAUUACAUAAGGAAUAUGUAAAAUAUAAAUAAAACCAAUUUGAAAAAAUCA